AUGGUUGUCUUCAUUGAUGACAUUUUAAUAUACUUGAGAAGUUGGGAAGAGGACGCACAACAUUUAAGGAUUAUGCUACAGACCCUACGGGAGCAUAGAUUGUACGCGAAAUUUUCUAAGUGCACGUUUUGGUUGAGUAGUGUUGGUUUUCUGGAACAUAUUGCAUCUAAGGAUGGAGUACAAGUAGAUCCCAAUAAAGUUGAGGCAAUUGAGAAUUGGGCUAGACCCACGACAGUUACGAAAAUCAAGAGUUUUCUAGGAUUGGCUGGGUAUUGUCGACAAUUUGUGAAAGAUUUCUCUAAGAUAGCCUCUCCGCUAACGAGGUUAACUCAAAAGGGAGUAAAAUUUGAAUGGUCAGAAGCUUAUGAACACAGUUUUAAAACAUUAAAAGCUUGUUUGACUUUCACACCCGUAUUAAGUCUGCCAUGUGGGUCUGGGGGCUACACUAUUUAUUGUGAUGCUUCGAGGGUUGGAUUAGGAUGUGUCUUGAUACAGCAUGGUAGAGUCAUCGCUUAUGCCUCAAGACAACUUAAGAGGCAUGAAUAG